AUGGGCAAGAAGAAGAGGGACUAUGUGCAACAGCACAAGCAGUCGCUGGGCGAGGUGCUAGAGAACCCCGAGACCUAUGGUGUUCGGACGCAGCCGCGGCCCAGCAAGCGGCGGAAGUCGGAUGAGGAGCAGGAGGAGGAGGCGGGCGAGGAGUUUGUGCCGGCAGCCAUGACCCGCCGCAUACUGCGCGAGGCGCGCACGCAGCAGGAGGAGGUAGACGCAGACGAGUCCCCCGCAGCGGUGGCGCUGCAGCUAGGAGCCAGCCGGGGGCUGGUGGCAGCAGCAGCCAAGGGUCUGCAGGACAGCGACAGCGAGGACGACUUUUCAGAUGGCGGCGGCAGCGUGUACGAGUACGACGAGGAGAUUGAGGUGUCUCCAGAGGACGAGGCUGCGCUGGCGGCCUUCAUGGCCCCCGAUGCCGACAGCUACCGCCAGCGCACGCUGGCAGACCUGGUGCUGGAGCGCAUCCGGGAGAAGCAGGCGGAGCAGGGGGUCAGCGAGAUCCCCAGGGAGGGCCAGGAGUUUGUGCCUGACGAGCUGGACCCAAAGGUGGUGGAGGUGUACCAAGGGGUGGGCAAGGUGCUCAGCAGAUACACCGCCGGCAAGGUGCCCAAGGCCUUCAAGGUCAUCCCCAACCUGCAGAACUGGGAGGAGAUCCUGUACCUCACAGACCCAGACAACUGGACCCCGCACGCCGUGUACCAGGCCACCCGCAUGUUUGUGUCCAACCUGAACCAGAAGAUGAGCCAGCGGUUUCUGGUGCUGGUGCUGCUGCCGCACGUGCGCGCAGACAUCCGCAAGAACAGGCGUCUCCACUUUGCGCUCUUCAUGGCCCUGAAGAAGGCCACCUACAAGGCGGCCGCUUUCUACAAAGGCGUGCUGCUGCCGCUGUGCGCCAGCGGCACCUGCAACCUGCGGGAGGCGGUCAUCCUCACCUCGGUCAUUAAGCGCACCUCCAUCCCCAUGCCGUACAGCGGCACCAAUUCCUUCUUCCUGCGUGUGCUGCUGGACAAGCGGUACGCCCUGCCGUACCGCGUGGUGGACGCCCUGGUGGACCACUUCCUGCGCUUCAAGACCGAGGAGCGCCAGCUGCCCGUGGUCUGGCAGCAGACGCUGCUCUGCUUCGUGCAGCGGUACAAGACGGAGAUUCGGCGGGAGGACAAGCACGCGCUGCGCGACCUGGUCAAGCGCCAGCACCACUACGCCCUCACCCCCGCAAUCCUGCGAGAGCUCGACUCCUCGCUGUCGCGCGGCGAGCAGGCGGCGGGCACCCCCGACGCGCUGCGCCCCGUCAGCAAGGUGGCAGCAGCAGCAGGCGGCGGCGGCGGCGGCGAGGACCCUCGAGACCUGGCCCCAAUCAUCCUCAUGGAGGAUGACUAG